UGCUUGGCAAAAUGACAAAAAUUAAUUGUCUUCGGACGGAAUGGAUUAAAUGCAGUACACGCAUGCGUUUUCUCUCUUUCUUCAGAAAUAUUGUCCAAGUGGCCGCUUUUCGGCUCGAGUUUCUUCGCGGUGAAGAGGGUGCCCGAGGGCAAGGAAAAGGGCGCCGACCACAUUCUCGCUCUCAAUCGACACGGAGUGCACUUCAUAGAUCUGAUCACGCACGAGACACUGUACCAUUACCCCUACUCCGAGGUGAUCUCCACGAGGAAGGUCAAGUCCGAGGAGGGCACGCUCUACCUCGACAUGAAGUGCGGCAAUCUGAUGCAGCAGCGUAUCACCAGGCUGCAGACGGAGCAGGCCCACGAGAUCUCCCGUCUCAUCAGGCAGUACAUCACCAUGGAGCAGAGGACGUCCAACGCUCAAGGUGGAGCCGGCAUCGGGCUCGGCAUGAGAUAAGCUUCCUCUCGUAAAAACCUCGAUGACCGUUCCUCCUCCGCGACAUCCGAUAUCCGAUCCGGAUUAGUCAAUCUACAGGGCGGUAACCAGGUUUCAAGCCCUCGAUUAACGUACCGUAACGUGCACGAGGCCGCGAGCCUCGUAAGUAGCCCAAUAUAAAUCGCGGCAUUGUUCUUAAUGGCCUGCGUAAGAUACCGACCUUCAGGUUCACGCUACAUCGGAUACCAAGUGGGAUAAGCUCGCUCCAGCGUACCGGCCCGCGUCCUGACGGACGACGGCGCGGCUAAUCCGUCAUCAGGGAUAUUCGUAGGACUCGCUGGAAGGAAGGAUUGUGAAGAAAAAAAAGACAACGAAUGCUCAAGUAUCUAAAUUGUCCAUACCGGAUAUACGACUUGAAACGAUGGACUUGUAUAGCAUUUAUUUAUACAUUCGUUAAGGAGUUCAUAAAAGAAAGCAAGGAAUAAACGCGAAAAUAGAAGUUGCAUCCAUCCAUGGCGGUGUAAUAUUAACGCUAAUAUUAACACACGUCCCUGAUGAGUGUUGAACAGGUGACUAACCAUUCAGCGAUUAUAUAUGUUAUAUCAUCAGAUUAUUAAUUAAUACUUGUACGUAUAUGCAUAUAGGAGUACGAGAUGUGAACGAAGAUAUUAACUUUAUAUUGAAAUUUUU